AUGCUCGCCGACCAAGCCGUAUAUGACCCCGAGUCACAAAAGACUCAUCAUGACAAAGUGGAAAUCGAUGCUUUCACCGCUCUCGCUAUCGAAGAGCAGGAUCAUGACAUCAAGUAUAGAACGCUCAGUUGGCAGAAAGCUACCCUCCUCUUGUUUGGUGAAUAUGUUUGUUUGGCCAUUCUCGCUUUAGCAUGGAGUUGGAGUGUUCUAGGCUGGGUCUGCGGUUUCUUCAUCACCUUCGGAUUGGGUAUCGUCACUUGGUACACUAGUUACAUCCUCUGGCAAUUUUGCAUGAAACACCCUGAAGCUAGAGACAUCUGCGACAUCGCUGCUAUCCUCUUUCCCUCUGUUCCCCGGAUCGCUUUCGAGCUGACUGGUCUUAUGUUGCUUCUCAACAACAUUUUCUUGAUUGGUUUCCAUGUGUUCACCGGAGCCAAAAUCUUCAACACCCUCAGCGACAGUGCUGUCUGUACCGUUGUUUUCCAGGCGGUCACUGCUAUUAUCGGUGUCAUCGUAUCCCUCCCCAGAACCCUCAAUCACGUCUCCAUCAUGUCCGUCGUCUCUGCCAUCGCCAUGGCUAUCGCCAUCAUUCUCUCGCUGGUAUACGCUGGUAUCGAAGAUCACCCAUUGUACGGAUACGGCGGAAACUACCCUGAAUUAGGCGAGGUCAAGACGAGUAUUGGUUUGCCAGGAGCUCCUGGUUUUGUUGCUGGCACGAAUGCUGUCUUAAACAUCACCUUCCUCUGGAUUGGUCAGAUUUUGUACCCAUCCUUUAUCGCCGAGAUGAAGAGACCUCAGGACUUCCCCAAAGCUCUUGCCAGUUUGACUAUUCUCCAACUCAUCCUCUUCAGUGUCACUGCCGCUGUGGGAUACUACUACAAUGGCCAGUAUUCCACUGCCCCAAUCAUCGGUUCACUCUCCGAGCCUUGGGCUAAGAAAUCAGCUUUCGCUUUCGUGCUCGUUCCCACUGUCAUCAUCGGUACUAUUUACGGAAACGUCGCUGCCAAGUUCAUCUUCAAGCGAAUCCUCGGAAACACAAGACACGCACACUCUCACAGUCUCGUCGGAUGGGGCACAUGGAUCGCCAUUGACAUCUUCAUCUGGACCGUGGCCUUCGUGCUUGGAAAUAUCAUCCCAAGUAUGGGAGAUUUCCUCGGUAUCAUGUCAGCUGCAUUCGACUCUUUCUUCGGUUUCAUCUUCUGGGCGGUCGCGUACUAUCAUCUCAAUAAAAACAGAUUAUGGGCCAACUGGAAGAUGACAACCAUGAGUAUAAUUAAUAUCAUCAUCUUGGUCCUUGGUCUAUUCAUGCUUGGUCCUGGUCUGUAUACCAGUGUCGAUGCCAUCGUCACUGAUUACGCUGGUUCUGUUAAGAAGCCCUUCUCUUGUGCUUCAAAUGCCUUGUAA